CGCGCGCUGAGCGUGUCAUCCUCGGGGUAAAUCUGUCUGUAGUGACCAGCGCGCGCGUGUACGCAUGUGCCAGCUGUGUGUCAGCUGUUUGACUGAAAUGACUUUGAGUUGUGUUGAUAUUUGUCAUGUUCACAACAUCACCUGUUAGUGGAUCGAAACGCGCCGAGCCGUGAGAGCUGGUACACCGGUACAGAUGGCCAAGAGGAGCACUCUCUUCAUCCGGAUCGUGGAAGGCAAAAAUUUGCCCAUCAAGGAUAUAACCGGAAGCAGUGACCCAUAUUGCAUCGUGAGAAUUGACAACGAGGCCAUUAUAAGGACAGCAACAAUAUGGAAGACGCUGUCGCCUUUCUGGGGAGAGGAAUACAAUGUCCACGUUCCACCUUCCUUUCACACCGUAUCCCUGUAUGUGAUGGACGAGGACAAUCUCAGCCGUGAUGACGUCAUCGGAAAGGUUUCCAUCAGCAAAGAGGCGCUCAGUGUGAAAGCACAAGGUCUAGAUGGCUGGAUGAACCUGACUGAGAUAGAUCCCAAUGAGGAGGUUCAGGGAGAGAUUCACCUGCAGAUCUCACUGCUGGGGGACGGCGACGUGCCGCGCAAACUGCGCUGUCGAGUUCUGGAGGCCAGAGAUCUGGCCAAAAAAGACCGCAACGGAGCGUCGGAUCCAUUUGUCCGAGUCAGAUAUAAUGGCAAAACCCACGAAAGUGCAGUGGUGAAGAAGUCUUGCUAUCCACGCUGGAACGAGAGUUUCGAGUUCGAGCUGGACGACACUCUGGCCGACAGCCUGCUCAGCGUGGAGGUGUGGGACUGGGACCUGGUGAGCAGAAACGACUUCCUCGGAAAGGUCCUGUUCAACAUCAACAGGCUUCAGUCGGCGCAGCAAGAAGAGGGUUGGUUUCGCCUGGGGCCUGACAAACCCAAACACAGCCAGUACGAAGGUACUCUGGGCUCCUUGCGGCUGCAGCUGCGGCUCAGAGAUGAGACGGUCCUGCCAUCCAGCCAUUACCAGCCGCUCACCGAAUUACUGUGCCGGUCCGUCGAGACUCACCUCAACGGCAACUGGCCUGACCUGAUCAUGCUAAUCGAUGAGACCACGACGUCCGAGAACAGACAGGAAGUAGCCACUAACCUGGUGAAGCUCUUCCUGGGUCAAGGACUCAUCAAGGAGUUCCUGGAUGUGCUUUUCAAACUGGAGCUGGAAAAGAAUACCGAACCCAACACCUUAUUCAGGAGCAACUCUUUAGCUUCCAAGUCAAUGGAGUCCUUUCUAAAGGUGGCCGGGAUGCAGUAUCUCCACAGGCUUCUGGGCCCCAUCAUCAAUCGCAUUUUUGAGGAGAAGAAGUACGUGGAACUGGACCCUAACAAGGUGGAACUGAAAGAAGCUGGUUGCACGGGACUGCAUCGUCUGCAGACGGAAGCCGAUGUGAUCCAGCAGAGCUCCAGCCUCCUCCAGUCGUACCUGUCCGAGCUGAUGGCUGCCAUCCUGCAGUCUUCCUCCUACUGCCCGCUGCUCCUCUGCCAGGCCUUCCAGCAGCUCUACCAGCGAGUACAAGCUCGUUUCCCAGGCCCAGAGUUCAGGAAAGUCAAGUUCAUCGCUGUGACCAGCUUCCUGUGUCUGCGCUUCAUUUCUCCUGCGAUCAUGUCGCCUAAGCUCUUCCACCUGAGGGAGAAACACGCCGAUGCCCGCACCAGCCGCACUCUUCUGCUCCUGGCUAAAGCUGUUCAGACCAUUGGCAAUCUGGACACACUGGUGUGUUGCUCUAAGGAGCCGUGGAUGGUGCCACUGCAGCCUGCUAUCCAGCAAGGCAUCGCCCAACUCAAAGACUUCAUCACCCGCCUGGUCAGCUGCCAUGACUCGGAAGAUCUCGGUUUGCAAACUCGUAUGAGUCUCCAGUGUGGCUCCAUGGAAAAAGAAGGCUUCCUCCUCCUGCAUAAGACCAAAGACAAGUGCAUUCUCAUGACCUCUCCCUUUAAGAAGUAUUACGUCACGCUCAGCAAAGACAUGCUGUCUUACUCGCGGGCUCAGCACUCCAAGAAGAGCUCGUCCAUCUUCCUGCCCAAGAUCCGUGCGGUGGAGAAGGUAGAGGAGAAGUGCUUCGGCAGUGCCAAUGUCAUGCAGAUCAUUUCGAGCGAGGACUCCGGGCAGCAGGAGACACUCUACCUGGACUGCAAGAGUGUGAAUGAACUGAACCAGUGGCUCUCGGCUUUACGGAAAGCCUGCAGUCACAACACCAACACCAUGAGCUGUUAUCAUCCCGGGAUCUACAAAGCCGACAGAUGGAGCUGCUGCCACCAAAAGGAGAAAACAGACCCAGGCUGCGAUAAGACCAGACAUGGUGUCACCCUACAGGAAUGGUACGACCCACUGGAUCCAGACCUGGAAGCUCAGCUGAUUUACCGCCACCUGAGCAGCGUCCAACACGCCAUGAGGGAUAAAUAUUAUGAACUGAUAAAGCAAGAAGCUGACGACGCAGACGCUGACCAAGAUCCGAAGAAGGUGGACGGUAUAACGAGACUUUUCGAGAUUCUCCAAGAUCUGCACGACGCUCACGCGGCAGUAGAAGAGGAGGAACGUUUGAAAAACAAGAACGUUUUCCUCGAGUUACAGACUUAACCAGAGGCUCCCAAAACGAAAGACAGGAAGAUGUUCGAUACCGCGUCCCACACUGACUUCAUUUCCAGGGUUUACGAUGUGAACCUGCUACACUGAAAUGCACAGCAAGUCCAAAUUUUGGAAAGGUUUGAGAGCAGAUUUGCUUUCCAUGGUUCUUGUUUGAGUUAAACGAGUUUACAUAAUUAGUGGGCUGCCUUUUGAAAGCUCAUGUGCAUCCAGGGUAGGUCAAACAGCAUGUAGUGCAUAUUUUACAUGAGUGUAUAAGUGUUACAGAUUAAUAAGGUCAUGAGUGCGAAGGCGUGAGUUUUGGCUGGUUAUUCUUGCUUAUAGGCACUUUAUCACGCUUGGUAUUUUAUCAUUGUGUUAUAUAAUCAUGCACGCAUGAUAUUUUUUCCUUUGUAAAAUAGCAGAGGCCACAAGUUUACAGUAUACUCUCAUUUUUUAAAAAUAUUACGCUUCCUGUAUACCAUUUUUAUGUUGGGUUUUUUUUUUGUUUUGUUUUUUUGCAAUUCUGCGCUAUUUAUUCAUGUCCCGAUCUCUUAUUGACUCCCAGAAAUUCAUGCUGUGUCCGAGGUCUGCCACAGCAUCGAUUUGACCAAUUAGCCACGUUAUCGAUGGCUUCUUGAUCCACUCCGGUCUCUAUUCAAAUGUGUAGGUGCAAGACUGAUCAAUACUUCAACCCCUGAAGUUGGAAAGGUGGCGGAGAUGUGCAUCACCAUGAAGGAGUAACUAUAGGAAGCAGCACAUCACGACAUCAGACACAAGGAGUCAUUGUUUUGGGGUCCCCCCCCCCUUUGUUUGUUUAUAAGGGGCAUGUAAUUUCAUCUACAAAAAAAAAAUGGAAUUCUAAUAAGACAAACAAAGUGUAAGUAUUGCGUGUAAGUGUUCUACAACAAACACGACAAUCCCAGAUUUAAAGCGAAAUCAGCAAUCAGUACAGUUCAGUGCAAAAGUUUGCGUCCCCUAUGGUUUCUGGGUGCGGGGAGAAAAAAAAGUGUAAGUUUAUACGUCUGAGAAACUCAGUGUGCUGAAUAUCAUUGUGGAAUAAAUUUAAAUGAUUUUUGUCCUAAGCGUCUGCGAACGUUUGCACCCGACUGUAUGAAGUGGGAAAAAUUACAAUACAGUAUGGUACUGUAAUACAUGUCAGAUAUUAUAAUCAAGGAAACUACAAUUUCAUAAAGUUAAUCAAUGAAGGCAAAUAUUUAAACAAUUGGUUCAACAAAAAAAAAAGCCUACUAUUAACCUGACUUUAAAAAAAAUAAAAUAAAAAUACGUGCACAUGAAUAGUGAAUUCUGCUGAAUUCACUGCUCAAAUCCGAUCCUUAUGAACGCUGUUGAUUCCCUUGCAUUCCCUCUGGACUCCCACCAAUGAACAGCUCAUAUUAUCUUUGCUUUAUUGACAGUAUUGCUAGUGAUGCGACACCCGGGAUCCUCCAUCUGCACUCAGUAUUGAUAUAAUCAAUCAAUUAUUCAAAUCUCAAAGUAUAGAGUUUCUACUGUUGCCAUGCUUCAACUUGUCAAUUGUCAAUUUUGUAUAUUGUAUUAGUUUGUCCCAAACCAGUUUGUAUUAUAGACCUGUAUUUCUGAUUGUCUUUUAUAGUUUUGUUUUUUGUUAUGACAUGAAUGUAAGAUACAGUGCCCUCUACUAAUAUAGGCACCCUUGAUAAAUAUGAGCAAAGAAGGCCGGUCUUUAUUGUUUAACCUUUUUGUCCAAAAAAAAAUUCACAAAAACACUUUGCUCUCAUGGAUAUCAAACAAUUGCAAACAAAACACAGGUUUGCCAAAAAGCAGAGUAUUUUUGUGAUAAAAAAAAAAAACAAUCAAAAAAAACGAAAGGUUAACCAAUAAAGACCAUUUUCACAGACUUCUUUGCUCAUAUUUACCAAGGGUGCCAAUAUUAGUGGAGCGCACUGUAUGAGGACCUUUUUUUUGUAGGGAUCAGCCUUGUUUUGUACACUAGAUGGCUCUGCAGCAUUGAAAUAUUUAUACUACAAACUGGGCCGUAGAAAUCUGUGAACCUGUAGAAGGUGUGAAAUAAUGCAGCUAUUUAGAUUGAUGCAUUGAUUAGAAAUGUAUACACAGACUGAUCCAUGGAAAAAUGAUUAAAUUGAAUUGAAAAGUGACACCCAUUCAAAAAGUUCAGUGUUCAAAUUCAAUUAUCAGUUCACUUUGUCUUGUAGCAUAAUUUUGAAACUCAUCUGCUAGAGUAAGCCUGCUUUUGUGAAGUACUCAUUUAUAAGCUUAUUAUAAAGUGUUGGGUAAUGAGGGCAGAAUAGAUACUUUCUGUAGGAUGAAUUAUGUGUAUGUGUCGGGACUAGGAUCCCAAAAAGUAGUUGUGCGGGUGGCUAGAUAUGAAGCUAGCAAGACAAAAAAUGUUCAUUAACAUAUGGUACAAGCAUAUAUAUAUAUAUAUAUAUAUAUAUAUAUAUAUAUAUAUAUAUAUAUAUAUAUAUACACACACACAAGCGGGGGACACUUUGGACCAACUUUCUGUUGAAGUGGUGGGAUUGGUCACAUUUUCUGUGAGAGCAUUGGUGGAAUGGUCAAAGUUUCUGUGGGAGUGGCUGGGAUUGGACAACUUUAUUGUGGGAAUGGACAAGAUUGGUGAAGAGUGUCUGUGGAAGUGGGCAGGAUUGGUAAAACUUUUAGUGGGAGCAGGCAUGAUUGAUCAAGAGUGUCUACAGGGGCAAGCCAGAUUGGUCAAGUGUUCUGCAGGAACUAGUGGGAUUAGUCAGGAUUGUCUGUAGAAGCAGGGAGAAUUGGUCAAACUUUCUGCAGGAGUGGGCAAGAUGUGUCAAGAAUGUCUAUGGGAGUGGGUGGAAUUGGUCAAACUUUCUGCUGAAGCAAUUGGGAUUGGUCAAAUUUUCAGUGGAAGCAGGCGGGAUUGGUCAAAUUUUCAGUGGAAACAGGCGGGAUUGGUCAAAUUUUCAGUGGAAGCAGGCGGGAUUGGUCAAACUUUCUGCGGAAGCAGGCAGGAUUGGACAAAUUUUCAGUGGAAGCAGGCGAGAUUGGUCAAAUCUUCAGUGGAAGCAGGCGAGAUUGGUCAAAUUUUCAGUGGAAGCAGGCGGGAUUGGACAAAUUUUCAGUGUAAACAGGUGGGAUUGGUCAAACUUUAUGCGGAAGCAGGCGGGAUUGGUCAAACUUUCUGCGGAAGCAGGCGGGAUUGUCAAAUUUACUGCACAAGCAGCUGGUAAAGAAUGCUUCUGGGAACAGGCAGGAUUGGCCAAAUUUCUACAAGACCAGGCAAUAGUGGGAUUAAUAAAACAGUUUGGCGCACCUGUACUGUAAAUUACUUUAUAUAGCACAUUUUUCAUUUUUAAUCAAACAGCCUUUUUUGAUUAUAGUAAUAAUCUCCUGGCUUUUUGUUGUUAACACAAAACUGAGUAUUAAUUUGUAUAGAACUGAGUCUGGUUAUGUCCAAAAUCGAAUACUAAAUAGGUAACAUACUAAACCUACUGUCUCAACAUACUAAUGUUGUUUGGAACGGAGCCCGAGACUGCCUAAUAGUCCAUUGAAAGCUUUUUUAUUUGUUCUCAUAUUUUGCCUGGUUUUGGAGCUUGUAAAAGGUUCAUGAAGUAUAUAUGAGGUCACUUAUAAAUGGAGUUUAGACACUUAUAGGCACUGCUUGCCAAUAAGAGCGUUAUUGACCAGAAUGAAAACUGCCACAUGGGUAUGUAUUCGUGUGUAUGACAGCCAGUUAAUAAAUCUUUGUACUAUAUAA